GCUUAUUUUGAGUAUUUCAAAAAUCGAACGCAGCCCCAUCGCAUCGCCGCGUGUACGUUUUGGUUGCAAAAAGAAAUACUGCUCAGAACAGACCAAACCAAACAAACCGAGCCAAACAAACUAAAAGUCGCGUCGGAAAGCCGUUAAAUAACGCAAAGUUUUUAAUAUUUUUUUUCGGUGCCAUGUGCCAUUGUUGAUGUUUUUUUUUGUUGCUAACAAAGUUUAACUGUGUGUCUUGGCCGUUUGUUUUCGUUUUUAUCGGGGAAAUGCGCGCGCGCAUUUAUGAAGUGAAACAGCGAAACUUAAAAAGCAGCCGUCUUGACGUCUAUGCAUCUUAAGCCUGCAACAACAACAAGAAAAACAACAACAAUAAGAAGAGAUACAGAACAAGGAAGCAAAGAAGUCAACUUGCAACGCACUCGUUGCUUUUUGGCCCCUGAACUUGGCGGGCUCAAUCCUUUUGGCAGGCGCGGGACUUUGCCGCUCGGCAGCGGCAGCUGCGGCGGCGCGGCAUGGAUCAUGCCGUGAAAGCGACGCGCGGCCGCCCGCUCAACACGCUCCGCUUCGAGAACGACGAGCUGGAAUGCCUCUACCAGCGGUACACGCUGAAGCUCCAGCGCUUCUCGGUGCUCGGGGUGGUGGCCCUCGUCUUCGUUCUCUGCGGCGUCAUGGCGGCCCUCUCGCUGACCUUCAAUAAUGCGGCCACCUUUCACAACAUCUUCAAUGCGAUCGUUUGCGGGCUGUUCGCCGUGGUGCUGGUGCUGCUGCAGUGCUCGGUGAUCAAGGACCACCACCUGCCCACCUUGUGCUACGGGAUCCUGCUCUUCACGGCCAGCAUCUGUGUGGUGUCCAUGCCCACGCUGGGCAGCGUGUUCCCGGUGGACACCAAGGAGGUGAUGGCCGAGGGCGUCUGGCAGAUCGUCUUCGUGGUCUUCCUCGCCUAUGCGAUGAUGCCGCUGCAGAUUUGGGAGGCGGUGGCCUUUGGCAUCGCCCUGCCCUCGGUGCACAUCAGCUUGACGGUCUACAAGAUCUUCACGGAUGCCCUGCGCUAUCUGGAGUACAACCAACUGAUUGCCAACAUAGUGAUCUUCAUUGGGGUUAAUGUGGCCGGCUUGGUGGUCAACAUCAUGAUGGAGCGGGCUCAGCGGAGAACCUUCCUCGAUACGCGCAACUGCAUCGCAUCCCGGCUGGAGAUCCAGGAUGAGAACGAGAAGCUGGAGAGGCUUCUGCUGUCCGUUCUGCCCCAGCACGUGGCCAUGCAGAUGAAGAACGACAUCCUGUCGCCGGUGGCUGGACAAUUCCAUCGGAUCUACAUCCAGAAGCACGAGAACGUGAGCAUUCUGUUCGCCGACAUCGUGGGAUUCACGGUCCUCUCCUCGCAGUGCAGCGCCCAGGAGUUGGUCAGGUUGCUCAACGAGCUCUUCGGGAGAUUCGAUCAGCUGGCACAUGACAACCACUGCUUGCGAAUCAAGAUCCUAGGCGACUGUUAUUAUUGUGUCUCCGGAUUGCCAGAACCGCGAAAGGAUCACGCCAAAUGCGCCGUGGAAAUGGGACUCGAUAUGAUCGAUGCCAUUGCCACCGUGGUGGAGGCCACCGACGUCAUCCUGAACAUGCGCGUGGGCAUCCACACGGGCCGUGUCCUCUGCGGUGUUUUGGGCCUCAGGAAGUGGCAGUUCGACGUCUGGUCCAACGACGUCACCCUGGCCAACCACAUGGAGUCCGGCGGGGAGCCGGGCCGGGUGCACGUGACCCGUGCCACCCUCGACUCCCUCUCCGGCGAGUACGAGGUGGAGGCUGGCCACGGGGACGAGCGCUCCUCGUACCUCCGCGAUCACGGAGUGGAUACCUUCUUCAUCGUUCCGCCGCCACAUCGACGCAAGCCGCUGAUGCUGAACACGCUGGGCGUGCGAUCGGCGAUCGGAAGUCGGCGGAAGCUCUCGUUCCGAAAUGUUUCGAAUGUGGUGAUGCAGCUGCUGCACACGAUCAAGUUCUCGGAGCCCGUGCCCUUCUCCAACAUUGCCACCGGAUCCUUCCCCUCGGCGGCCAACGCCCUCGGGGGCGGAGUGGGCGUGGGCGGGGGCGUGGCAAGGGGCAGCACCUGCGAGGCGAGUGCAGGCAGCGUUCAAGUUUCCGAAAAGGGAUCCCGAAAGGUGAUACGUCUGCAAAAGAUCUUGCAUGCAACACCGCCACCGCACGGCAUUGUGGGAUAUGGCAGCGUCGACGGUAUUUCCGGUGGCGUUGGUGGUGCUGGUGGCGGUAUUUCCGGUGGCGGUGGCAAUGGCAAUGGCAAUGGCAGUGGCAUUGCCGGCAUUGCCAGUGGGGGCAGUGUCCAAGUGACCGUAGGCACAAAUCCCAACUCAACAGCGAGUACGAUUAGUCGCAUUCAUAGGCACAAUCACAAGAACAAUAAAUCGCAAUCGAAGGUGGCGGACAAGUUCAAGAGGCCGUUUCGCAAGAGGCACUCGGUGGCUGCACACCAUCAGCCCACGAAUCGGGUGAACCGCUUCCUUUCGCAAGCGAUCAAUGCCAGAUCCGUGGAUUGCGACAAGUCGGAGCACGUGGACCGGCUGACCCUGCGCUUCCGGCAGAGCGACAUGGAGCGGGAGUACCACAAGGACUUCGAUCUCGGCUUCACCACCGCCAUGGGUUGCUCGCUCCUGCUGUUGAUCUUGGGAGCAGCUCUCCAGGUGACCGCUCUGCCGAGGACCCUCAUCCUCCUGCUGCUCUUCCUCACCGCCUUCGUCUGGGUGAGCGCCAUCCUGAUGCUCCUGCUCGCCGUGCGGCUCAAGUGGAUCAUCUGGGACAUCUCCGAGAGCUUCUCGCUGCGGAUGGCCAUCACCAUCUUCACCGUCAUCCUCAUCUACUCAGUGGGACAGGUUAAUGUGUUUACGUGUGUUUCGGACCAUCCUUGCUCGGGAAAUGGGACGACAUCCUACCAACUGGACUCCCAUCGCAAGUGCUCCUUGCCACAGUACGUGUCCCUUUCCGCAGCCUUUGCUUUUCUAUCGGUCUCCGUGUUCCUCAGGCUACCCAUCAUAUUCAAAUCCCUGUUGGUCCUUGGAAUGGGCACCAUUUACGGUCUGUUUAUCGAACUUUCGCAUCAGAACAUCUUCGAGUGCUACGACAACCGGGUCAACGCCUCGAUUCCGCUUCAUUUGAUCUCGCUGGCACGGAUUGCCAUCUUCAUGAUUGCCAUUCUGGUCCACGGACGCUUGGUGGAGGGCACUGCCCGUCUGGACUUCUUGUGGCAACUGCAGGCCUCCCAGGAAAAGAAGGAGAUGGACGUGCUGCAGGAGUCGAACAAGCGCAUUCUGCACAAUUUGCUGCCCGCUCAUGUGGCUGCACAUUUCCUCGAUGCGCAAUUCCGCAAUAAUAUGGAGCUCUACCAUCAAAGCUAUGCCAAAGUAGGCGUAAUCUUCGCCAGCGUUCCCAACUUCAAUGAGUUCUACACCGAGAUGGAUGGCUCCGAUCAGGGACUCGAAUGCCUGCGUCUGCUGAACGAGAUCAUCGCUGACUUUGACGAGCUGCUCAAGGAAGAUCGCUUCCGGGGCAUCGACAAGAUCAAGACCGUGGGCAGCACUUAUAUGGCUGUCGUGGGUCUGAUUCCCGAGUACAAGAUCCAGCCCAACGAUCCCAAUUCGGUGAGGCGCCACAUGACGGCGCUCAUUGAAUAUGUGAAGGCGAUGCGACAUUCCCUGCAGGAGAUCAACAGCCAUUCGUACAACAACUUUAUGCUGCGAGUGGGCAUCAACAUUGGACCCGUUGUGGCUGGUGUGAUUGGAGCCCGAAAGCCGCAGUACGACAUUUGGGGCAACACGGUGAACGUGGCCAGUCGCAUGGACUCCACCGGAGUGCCUGGCUACUCGCAGGUCACCCAGGAGGUGGUGGACAGCCUGGUGGGCUCGCACUUUGAAUUCCGUUGUCGCGGAACCAUAAAAGUGAAGGGCAAAGGCGACAUGGUCACCUACUUUUUGUGCGACAGUGGCAACAAAUCGCUGAACGGCGAGGUGCGGAAUGCCAUGUCGCUGCCCCAGAGCCUCCAUGCUCCGGAUUACUACAUGAAGGUCUCCCAGUUCCCGGAGAAUCGGGUGAACACAGACACCUAUAGCAAGAAGGAGAACGGACAUUUGUACGCUGGCAAUGGUGGCGAGGAGCAGCAGUUGCUGCUGCAGCACCAGCACAAACAGCUCGAUCCGCUGCCGCUACCCGCACCACCGCCUCCAGUGCACCACCAUCUCCACCAGCAGCAGCAGCAGCGUUUGAAUAGCAAACUGCAGAAGCAGCCAAUCUUCAUGGCAAAUGGUGGCUUGCCCAAUAUACGAGAGAAUGGCAACGGUCACAAUGGCGAAUCGCAACAGCAGCAGCAGCAGCAGCAACAACAACAGCAGCAGCAACAGCAACAACAGCAGCAGCAGACGAAUCAUGGUGGUUUUAUGGUGACCACAACGACGACGACACCGCCGGCUGCAGUGGCGGUUCCCCUCCAGCCCCUCCAGCACCACCAACUCCAGUUCCAGCACCAUCCUCUUCCCGCAACAGCAGCAACUGUGGCAGUGCCGCAUCAGCACCAAAUCCUCCUGCACCACCAGCUCCAGUUGCAGCACCACCAGCAGCAACAGCAAACGAAUCAGAUUCCGGUAAUGUUGCGCGAGUUUAAUAUCAUUGAGAACCCGACAAAUGGUGGCCGGCAUACGCAAAUGGAGCAGCUGCCGCCGCAUCACGGCAGUCUCGAUCCAUCCAAUGGAUUGGGAAUGGGAAUGGGUGCGGGAUUGGGAACGGGAAUGGGAAUGGGAAUGGGUGUGGGUGUGGGUGGAGGGACUGGCGUGAUUGGCGGCGACUGCUUCAUGAUGCCACGGCGAGAUCGCGAUCGAGAUCGAAAUUAUGCGCCGCCCCUAAACCAGCAUGGCCAUCAUCCACCACCGCCUCAUCACCUCCAUUCGAACCUGAAUCUGAACAUGAACAUGAACAUGAACAUGAGCAUGAACGUGGGUCAGCACCCGACAUCGUUCACCAGUCUGGGCUAUAGCCACUGCCGGGAGAGCGAGCCGCUAUUGCAUGCCAGCAGCGUCGCGCCGGUAGCCAAGAUCAUGCCCAUGCAGCAUGCGCCAAAGUACGAGCCACCACGUUACACUUCUCCCCACACCGUGUUGUCGCAGCAUCAGCAUCAGCAGCUCCAGCAUCAGCAACUCCAGCAUCAUCAGCAGGGGAAUCCCCUACAGGAUCAGCAGUCGAAGGAUCACCUGCAGCAGCAGGAGCAACUGAAUCCGCAGCGACAGCAGCAGCAGCAACAGUAUGCAAUGUACUCGCAGCAGCCGCAGUUGCCGCCGAAACCGGCGCUCAGGAGCUACAUGAAGCCGCUGCCGAAGCUACCAGCCGAUCUGGAGGAGAGCCGGGACAUGUCCUCCACGGAUGACCUCAGCUCCCGGCCGCACUCGCCCUCGAUGAGCAGCUCCGAUGAGAGCUACUCGAAGACCACCGAGGGCGAGGGCGAGGGCGACGGCGAUGAGGAUUCACCGCGCAUCCUCAACGGCGGAAGUCACCUGCAUCGCAACGGUUAUCACUUGCCAGCCGGAGGAGGAUUGGUGAAUCCCCUGCAGUGGCUCUAUCCAUGCGACAUCCAAGUGGAUCCCACAUCGCCGGUGGUGGACAUGGCACAGCUGCACGACUUCGAACUGAGCUCCACCACCGAGAGUCAGGGCCAUCACACCACGAGCAACACCACGAGCAACACGCAACACAAAGGCGACAGUUGCAACAGUUUCGAUUACCAGAAGAGUGCAGUUGGCUUGGCAGCGGGAAUGGCUCCAGCCGCGUCCACCACGAAGUCACCAUUCGAGAGGGAACUGCAGCGCCUGCUCAAUGAAUCGUCGCGUGCUCGUUGCUUGGCCAAUCCAACUGGAAGUGCAACUGGAGGAGCGGCAACCAAUGCCAUUUCCAUCACAGAUCAUUCGGCUAGCAAUGGCAGUCGCGAGUUGAGUUACUCCAUCAGCAAUGGGAAACUGAGUUCCACCAAUGGACUGGCAGCCACUGGAUCGGGUUCGGGAUCUGGUUCCGGAUCUGGUUCCGGUUCCGGUUCGGGAUCGGCGGCGGGCAACGGCAGCGGCGGCAGUGGCAGCAGCAAUGGCAAUCUCAGCGGCGGCAGCGGCAGCCACUCAAAUAGUGGCAACAACAACAGCAGCCACAACCACAAAUCCGAUCAGCAGCAGCAGCAGCAUGCGGAUCAUGAUCUGCCAUCGAUGGCCACCGGUGGUGGCAAGUUGCCCGGAAGCAGUAGCUUCAUGAUCGCCAAGCAUCCGGUUGGCUUGGAGGCCAUCAAGGAGAUAACGCGCAACAAGAAUCCCUCGGAGUCGAGCCAAAUGCAAACCUCGGACACGGAAUCCUGCGAGAUCCUGCACGAGAACCGCAGCCAGAUGCAUGUGCUGGCCAUGCUGGAGAUGCAAACGGCGAAGGAGCUGAACGGCGGUCACGUACACCAUCCCCAUCCGCCGCAGAGGAGCCAUCGCCAGCGGCCGCGCUCCAAGGAGCUGCAGUACAGCCACGAGAGCCUGGACGGACUGGAUGGACCGGCGGUGCAAGCGGUGCAGUCGCAGCAGCGCCACCAGCGUUACCACCACCACCACCAUCACCACAGUCACAGUCACAACCACAACCACCAGCAGCAGAGGCAGCAGCACCACCAACAGCAGCAACAACAACAGCAGCAACAGCGGUACAACCAUGUGCAGGAGCAGGAGGAGCGUGACGACACCGAGGACAACCUGGCCGACGAGGAGUUCGAGGAUGACGAAGUGGGUCGCGAUGUUCGCCAGCGGCGUCUCCAGAAGUCCGAUCUCAGUCACAAAAGGGGGAAAUUGGGGGCAGGCGAAGCAGGUGAUCAUCACAAUGAAGGGGGAGACGAGGAUGAGGACGACGACGAUGAGGAUGAGGACCACCAACACCACCAACUCCAUCACAACCAUCAGCGGGAUGGAGGACACAGGGAGGUUGCUCCGCUCACAAAUGGCAGCAUCCGAGGUUUGGAGGCGAAUGUGAUAAACGACGAGCUGAAGUACGGAGCGGCGCAUCUCAACCACCAGUCCAUGGACUCCAAUCCCUUGGAGAGCCAGUCGGAGUGGUCGGACGACGACUGUCGCGAGGAAGCCACAGGAGGAGCUGAAUCCACGGGCUAUAUCACAGAUGAGCCCGGACUGGAGAACAUCUCGCUGCUGAACGAGGCGGGUCUCACCGAUGCUGAAGGAGCACUCUCGGAUGUUAACUCACUGUACAACGCACCGGAUGUGGAUGACACCUCGGUGUCCAGCAGGGCCAGUUCCCGCCUGCUCAGCCUGGACUCGCUGAGCGGAUUGUACGACUGCGAUCUGGACUCGAAGCACGAGCUGGCCAUCGUGAAUGCCUCGCACAAGAUCUCCAGCAAGUUUGGACAGCCUACCUCGCCGGCACAACAGCAGCAGCAGCAAAAUCAGCAGCAAAAUCCGCAACAGCAACAGCAGCAGCAACAAAAUCAGCAACUGCAGCAGCAGCAAACUCAAGCCCAAUCGCAUUUGGCUCCGGUUCAAUUUCAAUCAGCUGAAGAGCUGAGGGAGUAAAGAUAAAAAGAUAAAAAAUAUUGAAAGAUUGAAAGAUUGGCGAAGAUGGGAGCGUUAAACACUCAACACGUUGUUAUUGCUAUACGCAAAUGGUGUCUAAUAAUUUACAAUAAACCAACCUAAACUAAAGUAAACUAAACUAAAUCUAGAGAUAGGCAACAGAUAUAUUAUAUAUAUGAAUAUAUUUAUGUAAAGCAGAGGCACUUAAAGCUGAUCUAUGGCACUUUUAGAUGUAAGUCCGUUUACUUUACUGCGGCUAGUAGGUAUUAACUCGUAUAUAUAUAUAGUAUAUGCAGAAAAAUCUAUAUGUGAACAUGUAGUCAUUGGUUACCCAGUUAAGCGUUCCAGUUACUAUCCCGCGUGCAAAAACAAAAACAAAAAAGCUAAAUACGAAAUUAAACUUGAUAUUUAGCCGCGAAUUCGAGAUAUCCAAAUGCUAAUCCAUGAAUUCAUCAUUUAGUGCGCUUAGUCCUCCUAAGGAUUUAAUUGUGGCGAAGGGAAAGCAGUUAGGCUUCCCCAUUAAAGUCCCAUAAAUAUGUUAUAAAUGUACGAAUAUAUAUAUAAAUGUAUAUGUAUCAUUUUGAUAAUCGAAUAAGCAAAGAUUUGGCCAUUUAUACGAAGCCACAACAAUGCAUGACAAGCUGUAAAUAAAAACCAAGUGUUAUAAAUAA